GUUUUUUUUGGGUUCACAACACAUUGUUCUGGUUUCUUUGACCUUCAUCCCGCUUCCACAAAAAGCUAAAGCCAUCUUCAUUGGCAACUUUGUUGUUGUUUAUCUGUAUUAUACAUUUACCGUAUUAUUACUACCAUCAUGUUCGAUUCUGACGAAGAAGAUUACGACUGUCCAUUGUGCAUGGAAGAACUCGACAUUGCUGACAGGAAUUUCCGGCCAUGCACUUGUGGCUAUCAGAUCUGUCGCUUCUGUUGGCAUCAUAUCAGAGAGAAUCUCAACGGACGAUGUCCUGCCUGUCGACGUGAAUACUCUGACGACAUGGUUGAAUUUGAGCCUAUUGGUGCUGAAGAAAUUUCACGCAUUAAACGAGAGAAAAAGGAAAAGGAGCGACAGCAAAAAGACAUGGAAGCCGUCAAUCGUCGCCAUUUAGCCAAUAUGCGGGUGGUUCAAAAGAAUCUCGUGUAUGUGAUUGGCCUGCAUCCGAAAUUGGCGACAGAAGAGACCAUUCGAUCGCAAGAUUUCUUUGGUCAAUUUGGCAAGAUUGCCAAAGUGGUCAUCAACAAACGGCCCGUAGCACCGACAUCGCAUGCCAGCGGUUCAACUUCUAUGCAACCGAGUGCGGCUGUCUAUGUCACUUAUGUAAGGAAGGAAGAUGCAGCGAAAACCAUUCAUGCAGUAGAUGGGAGUAUCAUGGCGGGGCGAAUUCUCAGAGCUUCUUACGGUACUACCAAAUACUGUACGUAUUAUUUACGUAACAUGACAUGUCCAAAUCCAUCGUGCUUGUAUCUGCAUGAACCAGGGGAAGAGGCAGACACGAUUUCGAAAGAAGAACUCGCUACAGGCAAACACCGUAUGCGAGAUCAAAUGUCGACUGAUGCCGAGAGUCGACAGUCGCAACAUUCCCAUCCUCCUCCACCUCCUCCUCCUUCCUCCAUGUCCAGUUCCGAUUUCCCGCCUGUAUCCGCUUCUCAUCGUAAACCGGCCACCCUCGAAUCGGUAGCGACGAUUUCCUACAAGACUCCCAUACGACAGGAUUCGGGAUCAAAACCCUCUUCUCCUGCUGUUCACUCCGAGAGUACCAGUACCGAAGAGGAUCGAUCGGCUUUACCGGCGACCGCGUCAUGGGCGAAACUGGGAAGCACCCCAUCGACACCUGUACUAAAAUCGGGAGUCCUACCGGAGAGAGCACUGACGCCUGAUAAUUUCGGUCCACCCUUGUCGGUGGCGGUGGCAGCGUCUCAAAAGCCACAGCAGCAGGUCUCUGUGACAAAACGAAAAUCGGAAAAGAAGAAGCGAAAGGAGCAACGUAAACUGGGUCUUUCUGAUCUGGAUUCCAUUACAUCAACAGAGAAGAGCGAUGCCGACGUUAAAUCCAGACGAUCACCAUCCGUCAGUGAGGCUGAGGAGGAAACAGCUGGUGAAGAGGAAUCAGGUUCUGUUUCGGCAAUGAGACGUCCACGUUAUCAUGACGCUUUGGUGAACUUUGUACUGGGUGAUGCAUUUGAUGAGUUAUUGUGUCUACCGUCGUUGGAAGAACCCGAGGAAGCGCCAGUGGGCGUUUCUGCACUGCAUGAUACAACGGGAUCAUCGGAUGAAGAUACGCCGGUCACACCUGAUACGAUUGAACCUCUGUCCAUGUCGCCGUUGGAGUUCCUCACGAAUGCAACCCCAACACCUACAUACACCGGUACUUUCAACCCAUUUGCGCAUCAAAUUCUUCGCUCGACGGGUAAUCUCUUUGACUCACCCAUGCGCAAACAUUCUCGCUUCGGCUUUGCACAGAUCUAGAUCCCCUCUUCCCAUUAGAUAAAAAAAAAAAAGUAAUUUCGCUACUCUCGGAAAACAAGAAAAAAAAAGAGAAAGAAACAAAGAUGAGUUCACUUUCAUCAAAGCAUGGAUUUAUUGAAAGUAAUAGCUUGAGAUGAUGCAUGGUAUGAUACCGAAGAUUCUGAGAGUAUAUUAUCCUUUUUUCCAACAAGCAAUUC